UCUAUACCAGUCCUCCUGAGCCUGAAUGCUUCUCUGUGUUUGACCAGGAUGUUGAAACUAACACCUAGACUGUUUUUUGUCUUUCUUCUCCUCACUUCAACUUCAACUGCUGCAGGUCAGCAGAUCAGAUUAGCUGGAUCUGGGUCCACUCGGUGCUCUGGAAGAGUUGAAGUCUAUCAUAACAAUGCUUGGGGAACAGUAUGUGAUGAUGGCUGGGACUUAAAUGAUGCUAAAGUGGUUUGCAGACAGCUGGGCUGUGGGACAUCACUCAGUGCCCCUGGAUCAGCUCACUUUGGUCAAGGAACAGGACAAAUCUGGCUUGAUGAUGUGAGUUGUUCAGGCAGUGAAAAGUCUCUAACUGAGUGUCAACAUAACGGAUUUGGGACACACAACUGUGGACAUGAAGAGGAUGCUGGUGUUGUCUGUUCAGGUGUCAGAUUAGCUGGAUCUGGGUCCACUCAGUGCUCUGGAAGAGUUGAAAUCUAUUAUGACAACACCUGGGGAACAGUCUGUGAUGACGACUGGGACUUACAGGAUGCUGAGGUUGUCUGCAGAGAGUUGAACUGUGGGACAGCUGUUAAUGCCCCUCAAUCAGCUCACUUUGGUGAAGGAACAGGACAAAUCUGGCUUGAUGAUGUGAGGUGUUCAGGCAGAGAAAUGUCUCUAACUAAGUGUCAACACAGAGGAUUUGGGAUAGAGGACUGUGGACAUGGAGAGGAUGCCAGUGUUGUAUGUUCAGUGGAUCUCCCAAAGCCCAGCAUCUCCAUGAAUCCUGCUGGUGAGGUUAGCUGGGGUCAGAGCAUCAGCAUCACUUGUUCAGUCUCAAUUCAGCUUUUAGGUGGAACAUUCAUUCUGAAGAAGACAUCAAGUUCAUUCAGAAAGACCCAAUCAUCAAGUACCAACUCUGCUACCUUCAGCAUCCGUAACGUGAACUUUGAUAAUGAGGGAUCGUACCAGUGUCAGUAUGAGAAAAGCAUUUCAAGUCGAUCGUUCAGCUCCCUACUGAGUGACUCUGUCAGACUCUCUGUUACUGUGACCUUCCCAAAGCCCAGCAUCUCCAUGAAUCCUGCUGGUGAGGUUAGCUGGGGUCAGAGCAUCAGCAUCACUUGUUCAAUCUCAACUCAGCAUUUAGGUGGAAAAUUCAUUCUGAAGAAGACCUCAGACUCAUUUAGAAUGACCCAAUCAACAAGUACCAACUCUGCUUCCUUCAACAUCCGUAACGUGAACUUUGAUAAUGAGGGAUCGUACCAGUGUCAGUAUGCGAAAAGCAUUUCAAGUCGAUCGUUCAGUUCCCCACUGAGUGACUCUGUCAGACUCUCUGUCAAUGUGCCACUGCAGCAGCCCAAUAUCUCCCUGACAUCUCCUAAUCGAGGACUGGUCUGGGGUCCUGAAGGUGCAGAGGUCACUAGGGGCUACAGCUUUGUCUUGACCUGCUCCAUUAACUCCAACUAUCAUGAAGGCCGUUUCUUGCUCAUCUUCUCUGGCUCCUACAUCACCACCAAGCCAGCAGUCAACCUCUCAGCUUCCUUUAACUUCCCUGUAGCUGAGUAUGAACAUGAGGGCAACUACAGCUGUGUGUAUGAAGUCACUCUGUCCAGACGGGACUUCAGGUCACCAGAGACGGCACCGAUUAUUGUCAUCAUUAAAUUCCCUUUGUUGCUGCUGGUGUCCUCAGUAGCUGCUGGGAGUCUGCUGCUGUUCCUGCUGGUCUUGCUGGUUUUCUUUCUGGUCUGCAGGAGAAGACGACGAGCCAAACAUCCCAUAGCCAUUGCCAUGAGUCCAGUGGCUGUCGGUGUUGUGAGCCAGUAUGAUGAGGAAGAGGAGGUGGAGGAGGGAGACUAUGUAAACAUUGAACCAGGGUACACCGAGACAAAUCUCAACGAUGACGAAGAUGAGGAGGACGGACAGGAUUAUGAAAAUGUUGAGCUAGUGUACACUGAGAAGAAACUCGAAGAUGACGAAGAUGAGGAGGAAGAGGAGGACUAUGAAAAUGUUGAGCCAGUAAACACUGAGAAUAAAUUCAAAGAUGAUGAAGAUGAGGAAGACGCGGAGGACUAUGAAAAUGUUGAGCCAGUAUACACAAAGGAGGAAGAAGGGUUAAUAGAGGAAGAGGAUAGUGAUGAUUAUGAGCAGCCACAACGAUCUUCGUCAGAGAGUGACGAAGAUCAUGAUUAUGAGGACGUGGACAAUCAUGGAACUUUCAUAGCAGUGGAGGAGGUCACUGUAGAGAACAACAGGGAGGAAGAAGAAGAAGAAUUCAAUCAUGAUGAACAUGACUAUGAAUAUGUAGAUUAA